AUGCAAGAAGACACUAAUUUACCGUAUUUUCAUGGAGCGCUUAUGGAUCAAGAUGCAGAUAACUUGCUACAGAAUGAAGGGGAUUUCCUGAUUCAGUCGCGGCAUACAUCAACUGCAGUCCGUCAACGUUUGGUUAUAGCAAUUCGUACAAAAGAUGCCAUAAAACGAAUUGACCUCCGAAGAGGAGAUAGUGGAAUCCGUUUAGGGGGAAAGACAUUUCCAAGCUUGAAAAAGUUGGUAGAACACUACUCUAAAGAGCCUAUAGUGUUACAAGGAGGAGAAGAACUACUACUCAAAAAAGCUGUUCCAAAAGGAAAAUAUCAACUUGUUCAUAGUGACGUUAGACUUCUUAAAAAGAUUGGUUCCGGUGCUUACGGCACGGUAUAUCGUGGACAGUUGAUCCGCGACAACAACCGAGUGAUUGCCGUCAAGAGGAUCGACUCAGAAGGGACAGAUGAUCAGGCGUUGGCUGAAAUGAUGAAAGAGGCAAGGGUUAUGCAGCUUAAUGACCACAAGCACAUUGUAAGAUUCUUCGGCUUUAUUGUCGAUCGUAUGCCAUACUUGCUCGUUAUGGAGUACUGCGAUGGAGGUUCAGUAGAAGAUAAGCUUCGAGCUCAUCCGAAGAAAAUCAGCAUACCGCGACGAAUAGAUAUGUCCACCCAAGGAUCAUACGGACUAGAAUACCUCCAUUCAAGAGAUUGUAUUCAUCGUGAUAUUGCAACCAGAAACUGUUUGAUCGACAAAGGGAUAGUAAAACUUGCCGAUUUCGGGAUGUGUCGUGCUACUACGGUCUACAAGAUUGAUCUUUCAAAGCCUUUGAAUGUACGUUGGCUGGCCCCUGAAGUAUGGAGGAACGGUGAGACACGCUAUAACACAGACAUCUAUGCUUAUGGUGUGUUGUUGUGGGAAAUGUUUGAGAUACCCUACAAUUCUCCCUACGCGGAAUGGAAAGCCUACACUGUAAAGCAAAAAGUGAUGGCUGGUUAUCGUAUGCCUCCUCCUCCAGCUAUGCCUGAAGAAAUGGUGGUGAUAAUGGAACUUGCAUGGAACCACGAUCCGGAAAAGAGGCCCGAUGCGGCAAAUCUUCGCAAGCUUCUCGAAGAAGUGAACAAAAAAUACGGUAGUGCCGAAGAAGAAAAACAGAAAAAAAACGCUCAACAUCCUCGUCAAUAUCCAGCGAAAAUGUUUGCAUGUCAAUUUGCCUUCUUCCUGUUCUUAGAGCUAAAUCAAGUUCGUAUCUGUGUCUACGUAUUACUGCAACACGUCAAGUGCUUCAAUGAAAGUUUUGAAGAAGUCGUGGCCAUUCUCAGCAUGAAGGAAACCUCCACAAUUCGAAGAGCUUUCGUACAUCUCAUUCAUGUCUAA